AUUGACGUUGAUACGAUUGUCGUGACAUGAGAGAAAAGGAAUGAAUGAUGAGUGAGAGGCGUGAAAGUGAAGAAGGUGCAGUUUUCAGAAGAAGAACAAGUAGAUACACACUACUUCUAGUUUAGUUUGUAUUGUAUGUAUUAUUCAUCUCUCUCUCUCUCACAGUACACAGUAGACACAGUACACACAGUAAGAUUGUAUUGAUCCGUGUAGUGUGGUAGCUGGAUUUGGAUCUUGGAUGGAGAAGUACGAGCUGGUUAAGGAUAUAGGAUCUGGUAAUUUUGGAGUUGCCAGACUCAUGCGCAACAAAUCCACCAAAGAACUCGUUGCCAUGAAAUACAUUCAAAGAGGUCCCAAGAUUGAUGAGAAUGUUGCUAGGGAAAUAAUAAACCAUAGAAGUCUCCGUCAUCCUAAUAUUAUUCGAUUCAAGGAGGUGGUUUUGACUCCUACACAUCUUGGUAUUGUUAUGGAGUAUGCUGCUGGUGGAGAGCUCUUUGAGCGAAUUUGCAAUGCUGGAAGAUUCAGUGAAGAUGAGGCUCGAUAUUUCUUCCAGCAGCUUAUCUCAGGAGUUAGCUACUGUCACUCCAUGCAAAUUUGCCAUCGGGACUUGAAGCUCGAGAACACUUUAUUGGAUGGCAGCCCAGCACCGCGGCUCAAAAUUUGUGAUUUUGGUUAUUCUAAGUCAUCUCUGCUUCAUUCUAGGCCUAAAUCAACAGUGGGAACUCCAGCCUACAUAGCACCAGAGGUUCUUUCCCGUAGAGAAUAUGACGGAAAGUUGGCAGAUGUAUGGUCUUGUGGAGUGACUCUUUAUGUAAUGCUGGUGGGAGCAUACCCAUUUGAGGACCAAGAGGAUCCCAAAAAUUUCAGGAAAACCAUCAAUCGAAUUAUGGCUGUUCAAUACAAGAUUCCAGAUUAUGUUCACAUAACUCAAGACUGUAGACAUCUGCUGUCUCGCAUUUUUGUGGCAAAUCCAGCAAGGAGAAUCACCAUUAAGGAAAUCAAGUCCCAUCCAUGGUUUUUAAAGAACUUGCCUAGAGAAUUGACUGAAAUGGCUCAAGCUGUUUACUACAGAAAAGAAAAUCCAACUUAUUCUCUUCAGAGCAUUGAAGACAUUAUGAAUAUUGUUGAGGAAGCUAAAACCCAACCUCAGGCAUCUAGGUCAAUUGGAGGGUUUGGAUGGGGAGGAGAAGAAGACUUUGAUGAAACAAAAGAAGCAGAGGCUGAGGUGGAAGAAGAUGAAUAUGAAAAGAGAGUCAAGGAGGCACAGGAAAGUGGAGAAAUUCAUGUCAACUAAUAACAAAGAAACAUUUAUUUUAGAUAGAGCAAUAGAAGAAGAUUCUUGGUUUCCUUUGCUCUUUGGUUAAGUUAAACUAGACAAGUGUGUUUUGUUAAUGUAUAAAAUUCAGUUUUCUGCAUAGGAUAUAAUAGUUAAAUAAUGUCUGUAAAGUUUUUAAAAUAUUGUAAAAGUUUGUUAAUUAUGACCAUAUAUAUAAGUAUUAUUAAGUCAUGUUUUUUGUGUGUA